AAAGUUAUGCACAAAGUGUGUUCAACGGCGACAAAAGUUUCUAUUUACAGUAACCCAACGCCAAGCGAAUCGCUCUGAUGCAAUGGUCCGCGCCGCAAUGGCGCCCACUUUCUCUCUCUCUCUUUAGGGUUUUUCGUUUUUUUCCUUGUAUGGAGGAGAAUACUGUUUCUCUCACAUCAGGGACCGACUCCGACUUUCUCAAUCUCCAUCUUUAUCUCUAUACCUGGAUUUCUGUGCGUUUCUGCUGAGAUUUAGGUUGCUGGGUUUUGAUAGAAUUCUCAGUCGGUAACCGGCUUUCUUCUUCUCAUUUUCUUUUUAAUUCUUCAUAACUCACAUCUCUGGCUGCUUUCGUCAGUGAAUUGCUGUCGCAUCCGUCAUCUUUUAAAUGCUCUGAUAUUGUAUUUUAACUUCCCUUUUCCUCGAAUUCUGCUGAUUUGAGAUAAGGGUGUUGGUGCGGUGGAACUCUGAUUCUUCGAUUUAUGGCAUUUCCUUUUUGUUUUUGUUGGUACAUGGGGGAGUUUCCGCAAAAGUGUAGUUUUGUAAUUGUGUUUGGCGGUUAAUUUCAGGGUAUGCGGGCUUGCAGGGGGGAUAUAAUGGAUGUUUUUCUCAACUUUAUAAUGGCGAAGGAUAGUAAGCUUAGGAGUAUAAGUCUUGGCCGCUGUCGUUGGAUGGAAUUCUAGCAUUACUUGCCAUUUGAUUUCUGAAAUUGAUCUUGAUUAACCAAAAUGGAAAAACCCUUUUCGUCCAAGGAGGAAGGGAUGAUGGGGUAUUGGGGACCUUCCAGAACUCACGCCGAAACUAUGAAUUCCACUGACGCUGGAAUGAGGAUUUUGAGUCCUGAAGAUGUCCUCCCCUCCUUCUCUGACAUGAUGAAUUUUGAUUCUUAUGCUGCAAUCGAUCAGAUUUUCACAUCUUGUGGGUUUUCAUCGAUACCCCAAAUGAGUACUUGCGGUUCUAUCGAGGGCUUGUCUUUUGUAGAAGGAGGGUGCCAUGAAGGAUUUCCUCUGAAUGAACAUGGUGGAUCUUCCAUUUCCAUGGCGAAUUCUUUUACUUGUGGGGACAAGGUGAUGUUUCACCUGCCAGACACUGAAUUUGGGGUGUCUAAUGUUUCGGACAACGCUAACAAAGUAGAUUCUAAAUCAAAUGAUGUCCCUGUAGACAUGGAUAGCUGUCUGAUCUCUAGGCCGUUUGGUUGGUCACUUGAUGAGAAAAUGCUGAGGGUUUUAUCCAUGUUUAAAGAGUCAUCACCUGGAGGUAUUUUGGCUCAAGUUUGGGUUCCUGUGAAGCGUAGAGACCAAUUCUUCUUGAGCACCAGCGAGCAGCCAUAUUUGCUUGAUCAAAUGCUCACAGGGUACCGUGAAGUGUCGAGGUCGUUUACAUUCUCAGCAGAAGGAAAACUGGGUUCUCUCCUUGGGCUUCCUGGUCGUGUUUUCACCUCCAAACUCCCAGAAUGGACAUCAAAUGUUAGAUAUUACAGUGACCACGAGUAUCUGAGAAUGCAACAUGCAAUUGGUCAUGACGUUUAUGGAUCGAUUGCCUUACCGGUAUUCAAUAACGAAGUCGAAAAAUCAUGCUGUGCCGUACUUGAAGUUGUUACUACAAAGGAGAAGCCCAAUUUUGAUGCAGAAAUCGACAUUGUUUCCCAAGCACUAGAGACUGUUAGCUUGAGCACUGUUCCGCCUCCUCGACUUUAUUCGCAGUGCUUGAAGAAGAACCAGAGAGCUGCAUUGGCAGAGAUAGUGGACGUGCUACGUGCUGUAUGUCAUGCACAUAGACUACCUCUUGCCCUAACCUGGAUUCCUUGUUGUUAUUCUUUGGACGCCGUUGAUGAGGUUGCAAGAGUUCGUGUUAAGGAGAACAACAUUAACCCAGAGGAGAAAUUUGUAUUAUGUAUCGAGGAAACAGCAUGUUAUGUGAAUGACAAAUCAACUCAAGGAUUUGUGCAUGCAUGUUUGGAGCAUCAUCUUGAAGAAGGGCAAGGGAUAGCUGGGAAAGCUCUUCAAUCUAAUCAUCCCUUCUUUUAUCCUGACGUGAAGGCAUAUGAUAUUAAUAAAUAUCCGCUGGUCCAUCACGCACGCAAGUUUGGCUUGAAUGCUGCAGUUGCAAUCAGGCUGAGAAGCAUGUACACCGGCAACGAUGAUUAUAUACUUGAAUUCUUUCUACCUGUCAAUAUGAAAGGAGCUGCAGAACAACAACUAUUGUUAAACAAUCUCUCUGUUACCAUGCAAAGAAUGUGCAGGAGUUUGAGGACAGUUUCAAAGGAAGAACUAAUAGGGGCUGAGGAUUCUGUUGUUGACUUUCAGAGUGGAUUAAUUGGGAAGUCCACAACUACAUCAAUGAGAAACUCGCAAUCCACGGUAACAGACCGUGAAACAAGGGUGUCUAACUCGAUAAAUAAUGGAGCUGAAGCGGAAUGUCCUGAGAAGCAGAUGACUGAUGGAUCACGGAAGCAGGGGGAGAAAAAACGUAGCACAUCCGAAAAAAACGUGAGCUUGAGUGUUCUACAGCAAUAUUUUUCUGGGAGUCUCAAGGAUGCAGCAAAGAGCAUUGGUGUUUGUCCAACAACGCUGAAAAGAAUAUGCAGACAACACGGGAUUUUGAGGUGGCCGUCCCGUAAGAUAAACAAGGUAAAUCGUUCGUUAAGGAAAAUACAGACGGUUCUUGAUUCUGUGAAGGGGGUGGAGGGCGGCCUGAAGUUUGAUCCAACUACAGGGUGUCUUAUGGCUGGUUCUCUUAUUCCAGAAUUCAAUGCACAAAAUAGUCUUCUCUUCUCUGAUAAUAACCCAGCUAUACCAAACCUUGACCCGUUCCUUCACGACGUAAAUUCAGUUCCUUCUGCCCCUUUCAAUACUCAGAAUUCUGCCAUCAAACUGGAAAUGGACGAGUCUUCUGUUUCUAUAUCCCAAAGAACGUCAUCGAGGAGUGUUCUCAUUCCAGAGAAGGAACCGAACGUUCGCCAGCGUGAUUGUAGUGAAGGUUUGGAGUCCGCUGGUGUAGAUGCUGCAUCAUGCCAGCUUGCUGAUCUGGAUAUGAUGAGUUGGGAUGUCCAAGGGAAUGCCUCAGUUUCUAUUGCUGCUAAAAAAAGCGACAGAUUGGAUUUUGUGAAGAACGAUUUGAGAUCAGGAGAUGCCGACUGCCAAUUUAUGGCAAAGAGCUUGAUCUCUUUUGCAGCUGCUGAUGAAGUCGGUACCGUGUUGAAUGAACAUUACCAGCCAACUACUUCGAGCAUGACCGACUCAUCAAAUGGCUCUGGCUUAAUGAUUCAUGGCAGUUCAUCUAGCAGUCAGAGCGUCGAGAGGAAGCAUUUGCCAGAAAAAGUUGGCUCGGUUGACAGCGAGUCCAAGAUUAUUGUAAAAGCUUCAUACAAAGACGACACAGUUCGAUUCAAGUUCGAUCCUUGUUUAGGAUAUCUCCAGCUCUACGAAGAAGUUGGCAUGCGAUUCAAGUUAAACCAAGGAACAUUUCAACUCAAAUACCUAGACGAUGAAAAAGAAUGGGUGAUGCUAGUAAGCAAUUCAGACUUACAGGAAUGUCUCGAGGUGAUGGACGAAAUCGGCACGAGAAAUGUGAAGUUUCUCGUCCGUGAAAUCGCGUGUGCUGUGGGCAGUUCAGGUAGCAGUAGUUGCUUCCUCUCUGGAUGUUCCUAACAAGUAUUGGAUAACCCUCAAACCAACAUGUCACUACGAAAGGAAGGUUGAUCAUGCUGCUAUCACGUAGAGACCACCACGGUUCACAUGAAAGAGUAUCUUCAUCAACACUGAGCUCUCGUCGAUAGCACACCAAUAUUUGGGGCAAGUCGAGGUGCAGCUCAACGUCGUGCUGACUCAGCACGACCAUGUUGUUUUAUAAGCUUAGGGGAAUCAGGAAAUAAGUUCUACUUAUAGGUUGAAUGAAUAGGCUUGUAAAUGAUAAGUUAGGAAGGGGAUGUGUUUGAUUUAGGGGGGAAUGAAAGCAUUCUGUUUAAAAGAAGGCUUAGUUCCUUACUCUGUGAUCAUUUUUUUUUUUCUUCUGUAAUAUAAGUUCUGAAUAAAUAAAGUUUGUUAUUGGUAGCUGUGA